GAAGCAAAAACAAUUAGCGUACGGGCCGCAUUUGCCGUCCGCUGCUUGUUCGUCGUUGCUGCACCGGACGGACCGGUCCGUUGUGGUGGUUGUGAUUUGCUUAGCGCAGUGACGCCGUACUGGUGUCCUCAAUAGAAGAUAUGUGUCCGGAUGUCAUUUUGAUUGACGUUUCAGAGAUAACCCGCUUGGCGUCUAUGGCUGUCUCUAUUGAUGGAGAAGGUGGGACACGGCAGGGGCUGAUAACGCGGACAGGACGUAGGAGAAUGUGAGCGACAUCCUCUAACAGCUGCGCCAUCAGCAACAGUUGCGGCCGUGGUGCCGGUUGCAUUGGCUUUGUAGCCCAACAACUGGCCCGACCCGCCCACAGAGAACAACAGUCAGGCAGCCAGCCGCCUCUUUUUCUUCGGUCAGCUGACCAAGCGACGGGUGAGGAGUCAGACGAUGGUAGUCCAGUCGAAUACAGCCGAAACGGCUAGACCGUAGCGGCGGAUGUUGUUGUCUUUGUAUUUCGCGAUGUUACCGUGCCAUUGCAGGUAGAUGGAGACUACGAGGGAGAAAUCAAGACAAGAUUGCGAAAAACAAGCGGAACGAGGAUGUGACGGUGUAUCGGCCACCGGUAGCUUCGAGAUCACAAGAAAUGUGUGGGACAUCAACAGUAAGGCCACCGCCGCUGGCGGACGGCAAGGAGCCCAUAAUGAAAGAAAAAAAAAAAGAGAAAAGACGAAAUUCAGAGAAACGGAAAGAAAAAUCGAGGGACGCAGCCCGAUGUCGUCGCGGAAAAGAAUCCGAAAUCUUUAAUGAGAUGCUUUCCUAUCUUCCGCUAACGGACGAGGUUGCUAGUCAGCUAGAUAAAAUGUCAAUUUUAAGGUUGACAUUGAUAUCGCUACGACUUAAUAGGUUUCUAGGCGCUGCGGGUCGCAGAUCGUUGAACGGUGACGACCACUGGCUUCGGUUCGGCAAGAACGAAGACGCCUUGUGCGUGGACCCCGUAUUGGAUUUAAUGGGCGGAUUUUUAAUGAUUUUAAUGGAGGACGGUGAGAGCCUUGAGCCGAUUUUCGUAUCGGACGGCAUACAUACAGAGAUGGGUCUUCUGCCCGCAGAAUUGCUGGGUGUUUCCCUCGAAGGCUUUGUUCAUCCCUGCGACUAUCAGGAAUUGCGUGAUGCGUUAGCCGAUCUCAAGACGACUCCAAGCAGCGAGAAACAAUUGCAAUACAAGACGCUGCAAAUUCGAAUGAAGUGUACAAUUACCGCUAAAGGCCGUGUCGUGAAUAUUAAAAGCGCAGCGUAUAAGGUUGUCAAGUACCAGCUAAGACUUUUGAAGCGUGAAGAUGUGACGUACCUGACGGCCGUUUGUGAGCCAAUGGGCCCAUUCAUGGCCAAAUUAAGGCCAACGAAGAUAGCGUUCUUUAACUCCGAAGUAAAGAGCGGUGACGAUUUCAUUUCACAGCACGAUCUAAGAUUCGUGUUCAAGAACAUUGAAAGAUUACCGUUCUGUUUUGGCUACUCACAGAAUGAGCUCCGGGGACAAUCACUAUACAAUGUCAUUCACCCGCAAGAUAUGGCCACACUCGUUGACAACUUCAAGGAGCUGUUCAACAAGGGUUAUUGCGAUACCGGCUUCUAUCGUUUUCUGGCCAGUCGUGGUGGAUACUGUUGGGUUUCCACUAAGGCCCAACUUGUUCAGGACACGUACGGGAAGCCUCUGACAGUCCACUGUGUCCACAGCGUAUUGGGAGACAUCCACCAGCCUGGUGAGGUGCUCGCCUUGUUUCAAAAGGAGGCUUGUGAAAAUCACUGCCCUACCAGUAGUAACGAUGUCCAACAACAGCAGCAACAGGCUCUUUGUUCGGCAUCAGAAGAACUAACAGCAAAUCCCACAACGCAUACGCAAAUUGUGCUUGUGCCUUCUAUCGAAAGUCGACACGCAGUUUCUGCGACAGGUUCUACCAACUGUUACGUUCAGGUAUGCGGGCGGCACGAGAUCGGUUAUCCUUUGAAGGCAGCUCCGAUGUCUGUCGUUUUGCCACCACUGACCACCCAGCAUUCGCCGACCGUAACGUCACCACCAGCAACCUCAUUAGUACCGGCAACAGCGCACUCGGUACCAUCACAGCCGCAAGCGGUAGGGUUAUCCAUCGUCCACGCAAUUUGCCGCUGCGGCGGCGGCAACAGCAGCAACAGCAGCGGCAGCAGCAGCAAUAGCAGCGAUGGAAUAGUCGCCAGCAGCAGCAGCAGCAGCAGCAGCAGUGGCAGCGGUAGUCAUCACGUGCUUAUUUUUGCACCGUCUGGUCCCUGCCGGAGCGACGGUGGCUCCCUCUGCGGCAGGCCGGCGACCUGCUCCACGUCGCUGGCGCCCUCUGCCAUUGGCCGCCACAUCGGCGGAGGGCCCUCGCCCAUGGCGGGUGAAGGGACCCCGGCCAACUGCCCUCUCUCCGUGCAGAGUCUGUCAGCAGCGGCGACUUGUGCAGCCGCUGGCGACUUGUGCAGCGGCCAGGCAAGCCCCGUAGCAGUUAUAGGCCAAUCUAAAAAUAAUCAGUUGGAUAAUAAUAACAGUAGUGAACAACAGCAGCACCAACAGCAUCAGACUGAUUGUACAACAGCAGCAGCAGCAACCUCACAGCCAUCAGCACUAUCGUCGUCGUUGUCGUCGUCGCCGUCGCUGUCUCGGACGACGUUCCUCGCGCGACUAGUGGUGAACAACAGCGCUGCUGCUAGCAGCAGCGGCAACAGCAAUAGUGACCACAGCUACCAGCCACAGUCAGUGUUACUACAGCGGCAACAGCAACAGCGAGUGGCUGAGGGAAAACAAAUACAGCAGCAGGCUGCUCGCCAGGUGACGACUUCAGUGCUGCCGGCGACUUCAGCUCUAGUAGAGGCUUGCGAUUUAACUACUACUACCACUAGUGUAGUUGGUGCUAGCCGCGCUGGUCGACUGCCCCUACUGGCCGAGUCUCCGACACAACCAGUUAGAGGAACGAGCCCGUCCAAGGCCCACGACAAUACUAUCUCAGUAACAGAAGCUCAUCUAGACGCUGCUAGUUGUGAUGGUAGCAGUUGUACGCAGAGUCGUUUUUGCCCCAGUCUGCUCGUUGUAGCGGACGGAGGGCUCGCUAGAUUGCGAACCGUCGCGGAGCAGCAGCUGAACAGCAGCAGCAGCAGCGCCGCCAGCGCGGCCAAUACUCAAGCCACCGUAAACGACGACGACGACGACGACUGUGGCCAUCGACGACGACACGCCACUGGCACUGCCAUCAGCAGCAACAGCGGAACUGCAGGGGGCUGCAGUAGUAGUGAUAACAACAGCAGCGACGGCAAAAAUAAUCAUAAGGUUUCUGUGAUUUUGAACCAUUUCGAUCACGAGCAACGGCAGGCCGACGCGCAGCAGCAGCAGCAAAACCAAGAUCUUCUAUCGUCGUUUGUUACCAACACACGCCUGGCGACAAACGGUCGCAAACCACCUGCAGCCGCAUCGGCUCUCCACAGUGGCAGCAACCAUGGACUGACUGCGCAGGACUGUACUAACUUGGAGUUGUGUGCCCCAUUGUCACUGCCACCGUCGCUUGAGCAGGCUUCGCCACCCCCGCCAGCCCCCGAGUGUGAACCUGUCGACUCUGAGGCGGAUUGUGUGCCGGGUUUAGUGAGUUCCGUUGACGACGAAAGUAGUAGUUGUGCCAGUACCAGCCAUUCGAACACUACGACCACUGCUAAUACUGCCGUCGUUCAGGGCAAUAAUCAUUUCUCGUGUGCAGUCCUAUUCGACAACGGUGAUGCUGCCCCCGCUAAGUGCGAAUCUGUGAAUUCAGUAGCACACGCAUCAUCAUCAUCAGCAUCGUUGUCAUUGUUGUUAUCGUGCGUGCGACCAGAGGAUAGUUGCUUACCGAAUGUUGCCAACUGUUCAGCCUGUGACGAACGUGAACUUACAAGUCAGGUGCAGCCGCCAAAGGCCGGUGCAACGUCGUUCGAUCGAGCGCUGACCGGAAUUGACCGAUUUCUUAGCCAACAACAUCAGCAUCAUCAUUAUCACCGCCAUCAUCAACAACAACAAGAGCACGACCAACGGUUACAGGAACAGCCACAGCAGAAACAGGGCCAUCACGCAGCCAAGCAUCAGCGGCAUCAUUAUAAACAGCGGCAACAGCAGCAGUCACAGCGCUAUGAGGAACCAGACCUGAUUGCAGUGGUAAGGGGCGACGAUUGUGAUUGCGAAGACGAGGUAGAUAAGUGGACGAAGCUCUGGCCGAGCCUAUUGGCUCCGACAACGUCGUCUGUGCUGUUAUCGACAUCAUCAACAGCAGCGCGCGUUGCACCCACAGCGGUAAGAAAUAACCAGUCCAGCAGAGGCCUUGCUGAGUCAGCAGCAGCAGCAACAGCAGUAGAAACCGUUGAUCUCGGCACUGAAGCGCAACAAAUCGCAGCGAGUGCCGUAGAACCAAAUAACGAGGACUCGCAGGCAAUAUCCGUGAGCACCUCGACGUUGAGCGUAUUUGCUCCGCGCACCGAGGAGAUGUCACCCGGCUUCCUGCAGAUCAAAGGAGGCCAGGUGCUGACAUGCGAGGAGCCCGGUCUAGAUCUCACCCAUCUCGCGCCGACGGCUGGUGACAGCGCGAUGCCCCUCGAUGUUGAAUUCGAGAUCAAUGAGAUUCCCGAAAAUCUUUUCCCGAAUCUGCUUGACAGCGCGGGCUGCUCGCCCCUUUCGACUUCUCCUCCGUACGAUGAUCCUCUGCUGGGAUGCGGUGACCUACCACCGGCACUGCUCGAGGACCUAUCGGACAACCUACAGUUGGAAACAGACAAUCUGCUAUUGCCAACCGACUGGCCACUUUCCGACUCAAGUAGUUUGGACCACCCACUCAAUUCGAUAUGCAACGGUAGCAGCAGAUCAUCUCCGUCAACGGGAGGCUCAACGACAUCUAGCCAACGAGAUCACGCGACGAAGCUCCACGAAAGCAGUAGCUAUGGACGAAGCACAACGACAGGUUCAGCGUUUAGCAGGAGCAAUAAUAGUACAAGAGCAGCUGACGCAGUGAGCAGCUGUAGCAGCCAUUGUAGCAAUCCUGGUGCCGCAGGUCAGUUAAGUGCAAAGUCGGCAGCAUCCACACAGCCUUCUACUCAUUUACAAAUAUCAAGCAAACCGAUGCUUGCAGCCUUAUUGCAGAGCGACCUCGUGCCUUCCAGCGUGAGCCAGAAACAACGUGCCAUGGUCCAUGAUUGGGGUGGCACCACGCAGCCUCUUCCGGAAAGCCACACUUUGUCUUUACCUCAGUCGACAGCCACAGCGGCAACAAUAGUAACGACCCAUCACCCUCACCACCGACAGCAGCAGCUGAACACCGCAAGCUCAGUGUCAGCUCACCUCACUGCUGCGGUUCACCAUGUUGGCAAUAAUGGUAGCGGAAAUGCAAACAGUCAAGCUAGUCCGAAACGCGCUGCUCCCGUGAAGUUUGUCCCGCAAAAAGUGCAGUCACCCUUGACAAUCAACUCGCUAAAAAGACCGCUCUCAGUUAGUCAACGACACCAUCACUCGGCAUCCGACCAGUCACCACAUCGAACCGCAUCGUUUACCCCGCUCAAACGGCGAAAAACGCUGGACGAGUUACAGCCGAAACCGGUUGACAAGAGCGGCAGCGUCCUAAUGAAGUUGCUUGUCAACGGCGAGGACCUGCUCAAUGGCUACUCGUGUCGGGUAGUGCCUCGGCAGGGUGAACGAGACGACAGUAAAGAUAGCGGGGCCGCGCUCGGCUUAGGAGUAUUGGGCAAUGGCAAAACAGAGCUAAGAUCGGCGCAGGACUUCCUUUGCAGUCUGGCCAGUCAACUGGACCACGCGCCAGCGUCAGUGGGCUCCGAUGCAAGCGACUUUUGUCAUUUGCUUUCUGCCGACGACGAUAUACUGAUGGCUUUAGCUGCUGUCACGCAGGAAUGACCUACGGUCGGGAGGUUUAUGUCAGCCGCCGCCCGUGCGCGUCUGGUCAGAUGAGUGCGUGAGCAUCCACCUAUGCACGAUAUCAGGAAGGCUAGAUAAGAAAGAAGUGACGUAAGAACAAUUAGACGAAGACAUACCACUACUGUAAGGCUAAUAGAGCUACUAAGAUAACAAUAAAAAUCGAACCAUUCGUAACCAAGCGAGUAAUGCAAGUCCAGUAGUAGUUAAAAAUGACAAGGAAAAAACAACCGCAGCAACAAACUAGAAAAGAAACUUACACAUAUAUAUAUAUAUAUAUAUAUACAUAUAUAUAUAUAUAUAUACGUGUCUGUGUAAUGCUAUGGAAAAACCUGUCAGGAAAGAGAUGAUACUGGUGGAGUAAACAAGCAGCGAAUGAAUCCGUGAUAGUGCAACUGGAACAAAUAAGUGCUUAAAAUGAGCAGGAAUUGCCGAAGAAUGUAGCUAACUCUGCAGACGAAGAGACUGAUUCAUAAGCAAUUGAUUGUUGUGGAUGACGGAUGGAAAGAAGCUCUGUUCACUAGACGACAAACAACAGAGCGAUGGUGUUGCUGACGCGAAAUG